UCGUCGGUCGGAUUCAUUACCGGAACAUUUCAAAAAUCACGUGUUUUGAGAUAAGUAUGUAAAAUGGUAAGGAAUUUAAUAAUUUAUCCAAAUCACUAACGGUACAACUCAAAUUGUAGUUCUAAUUGACAAAAAACUAUUUAUUCCGUUAAAGAAAAUUUGAUUUUAUUAAUAUCUUCGUUUUCAGUAUCAGUUUAUUUUGAAAUGUGCCGCUGCCACCCAAAAUUCGUAAGCGCAUCCAUAGUUCAUUAAUGGAAUAUUUCGAAAUGUUCCAGUACGACUCUGAAAUUUUUUACUUGAAUGUUGUUUAUUCGUGUUUUGUGCCAGUUGCGCUUUGAACGCUCAGCGUAGUGGUCACAGACGAAGCUUAAAUAAUUAUUAAAAGUAUCGUUAAACAAGUAUCUGUAAUGAGUUCUAGAGCUAAAAAAUUGCUACAAUUAGCAAUGACCAGGACAGAGAGUGAUGAUGAUCAGUUUAGCGGUGGUGGUUGUGUGGUGGAAUUUGUUCCAGAGACAAAAUUAAAAUUAAAUACUGUACGUAAAGAAAAUCCUACGUUUAAUGUUGUCGAAGGUCAAGAAGGUCAUCAGACCGAACCGGAUAAGAAAAUGAGUGGGCAAGAAAUGUUUUUUUGUAUCGAAUCAGAUCAGCUGUUGCAGUCAAUUGUUAUGGAUGAAGAAAAUAACUUAAACUUACCUAACAUAGGUCUUCAAAAUAAUGAUACAACUUAUAAAAUAACAGAAAAGAGGUCUAUAGAGCAGGAGGAGAUUACAAAUAAACGUUUUAAAGCGACAUCUACUGUAUUUCUGGAGUAUGCUGAGCCUAUGCUAGUUGGUGAGUUGAAUCAUGAACCAGAUCAACCUGCGGUUGUAAUGGAAAGAAACAACAGCUUGGAUAACCUAGACCAACAUGAUUCAGAUUUAACUGAUUGCGAAGAUUUAGGUGGUGAGUUGGAUCAAGAACCAGAUCAAUCUGUGUUAGAAGUGGAUAGAAACGACCGACUAGAUUCAGAUUUAACAGAUUGCGAAGAUUUAGGUUGUGAAUUGGAUCAAGAGGUAGAUAUACCUGUGGUGGACGCCGAAACAAACAACGAAUUGAAUAACGUAGGCCCACAUGAUUCAGAUUUGAUAGAAGGUGGAGAUUUAAAAACCAAUGAUAAACGAUCAAGAAAGAAGAAGAGACAGCCUGAAAAAUGGCAAAAAAAUGUAAAAAAAAGUUUGAAGAACUCAGGCGAGUCUUACCAAACAGUUAAAGGAAACACAAUACCUGCUAAAAAACUAAAACCUCCAUGUUCAACUGAUUGUCGAUUGAAAUGUACAGAAAAAAUUAAUGAAGAAAAAAGGUUAAACAUAUUCAAUGAUUUCUGGGGCAUUGGCGACCUUGGAAGACAGCGCUACUUUGUUGCUAGUUGUAUGGGAGUUGUAAAGCCAAAGUAUUCGCUACACAGGGAAGAUAGUAAGCGAUCCCUGAAUGUAUCAUACAAGUUUACAAUAAAUUCAGAGGAAAUUCGAGUAUGCAAACGAUUUUUUAUGGCAACGUUGGACAUAGGACAUUCUUUUUUAUCUACAGUAAAUAAAAAGAAAGCUUCGGGUAUAAUACCAGAAGAUCGUAGAGGGCGCCAUGGUAAUACCGGUAGAUGUUUACCACAGGCUGACAAAGAUGGUGCAAGGGAACAUAUAAAUUCCUAUCCGAGAAAAGAGUCUCAUUACUGUCGGGCAAGUUCUACAAAAGAAUACCUUGAUGGUGACUUAAAUUUGACUAUGAUGUAUCGACAAUACAAGGAAUGGUGCCAUCAGAAUAGCAAACCUAUCAUCAAGCAAGGAACUUAUGAACACAUUUUUCGAAAUGAGUUUAACAUUGCAUUUCACAAGCCCAAGAAGGAUCAGUGUUCAAUUUGUUUGUCUUAUCAAAAUGCUGUAGGUGAUGAUAAGUUACAACUGAAGUACACUUAUGAAAAACAUUUAAAAGAAAGAGAUUUGUGCAGAUUGGAAAAGAAAUCGGACAUAGAAACAUGCAAAAAUGAUGCUAACAAAAUAAUUUGUUGUUAUGACAUGCAGGCAGUUUUGCAGACACCAUGCGGAAACGAUUCCCUAUUUUUUUAUAAAAGAAGACUCAAUGUAUACAACUGCACCGUAUUUAACGUUGUAUCAAAAGCUGCCUAUUGCUAUCUAUGGAAUGAGUCAUUAGGAGGAAAAGGUUGCGAUGAAGUUGGGACGUGCAUUUACAAAUUUCUGAAAGACCACUGUGUUGGAAAAAAUGUUUUUUUUUACACUGACAAUUGUUCUGCACAAAAUAAAAAUAAAUACCUGCUAAGUCUCUACCACUAUGCUAUCAAAGUUUUGGGUGUUGUGUCAAUAACACACAAAUAUUUAGUUAUUGGACACACCCAAAACGAAGGUGAUAGCGUGCAUAGCACUAUUGAACGGGAAAAAACACGAAUACUGAAAAAUGGAUCCAUUUUUGUGCCAACACAAUGGAAAUCAGUAAUACAAUGUGCCAAGAAAUGUGGGACUCCUUACGAGGUACAUGAAUUGGACUUCAGUGACAUUCUCGAUUUGAAGGACUUAGUCACGCAGUUUGGCAAAAACUUCACCGUUAAUAAUGACGGUGAUCGUGUCGUAUGGAAUGAAAUAAAAAAAAUCUAUAUGCAGGCGUCUUCUCCAUACUUGGUAUUUUAUAACGACACCUAUGAACCGAAUUCAACAAUGAAGUGCCUAAAUGUGCGCAACAGAACCAGGGGCAGAAGUGCUGCAAAUGUUGAACUACAUCUACGAAAUAAGUACCACCAGCGACCAAAGAUAUCAAACCUAAAAAAAAAAGACUUGCUUGCUUUAUGCGACUCAAAUGUCAUUCCAAGGGUAUACCGAGAGUAUUACUCAAGUUUAGAGGCUGGAGACAAUCAUAUUGAACCCGAUGAGCAUAACGAAAAUGAUUAAUUUGAAGCACUUAUUAUUUUAAGAUUUCUGUUUUCAUUCUUUAUUAUUAAAUAAACCAAUAAGAUUACGAAAUUGAUAGUUUUUUCAUUUCAUUACUAGCAUAUUUAGAAAUAUUCUAAUUCGUUUUAAAUUUUUUAUAAAAUGUUUAAUUCAUUAUUGGCACAAUUCAUAAAAAACCUGAUAACUCAAAAACUACAAAUAAAAACCUAAAUCUUUGUAAAGUACAAUAAACUUGGCUAUAAUCUACAUAUAAUUCAAUAAAUAAAAAAACAUAAAAUUACCUAAAAGUAAAGUAAAAUCACAUUUGAAUAUUUCCAAAAACUUUAAACCUCAGUACCCAAAAACGUAUCAUUUUGAAAUGUUCCAUUACUGUUUCUGACCGAC